AUGUUAGCGUCGCCGCCGGCGCGUGCAACCAAAUUAACGAGGCGAUUUUCGACGGAUUAUCAAGGCGACGGCCGGGAAGCCACGCCCACAAACAUUUGUCUUCUGAGGGAGAAAGAGGCCCCUCGAGGGUCCGGGACUAAAGCCGUGCGCUUUUGCAGGAAGACGCCUCAAAUCCCAAGGUGCCCUGGAACGUCGCCAAAAAAGGAGAGGCGCGAAGAAGAAGACGAGCGGGAAGAAAAAAGUUAGGAGCAAAUAACGCGACGAUUCACGACAAUUUGGCGGCCGGCGAAGGAGCAAAGAUUUUUUUCCCUUUUUGAGAAACCUAGGGAAUAUUGGGGGUUUUCCAGGUAUUUAUUGAGAAAAAUCUUCUAGUAUAGCUCAUUCGUCGUUGUCUUGGAAAAAAUGAAGAGAAAAGUGGCCCAUUUUUUGAUUGAAACCGGCCAAAUUUGAAGAGAAGAGAACUCCAGAUGCCUGAAGAGACGCCAGAGAAGCGAGAGUGCACCGUUUUCUCUGGUAUCUCUUCGAGAAACGCUUUUAUUUCGUUUUCUUUUAUUUUGGGCUUUUUUCAACAUAUCAUUCCGAAGUUCACGAAAACAUCUUGAUAUCAGGCUAAAAAGAAAAAAUGAGAAUUUUUUCGCUCUUUUUUGUUAAAAGAGCUGUGAAAAGGAUUCUUUCUGUAAAAAGAAAAUAGAUUUUUGAGCGGAAACUCUGAGAAUCUCCUGUUUUCCUCAGAACGUCUAAAAAAAUUCUGGACAAACUUUUUCAAAAAAAUUUUUCAAGCUUCAUCUAAUCUUAAAAUAAUUUCUUGAGCCAUAGAUAGUUGUUGAAAAAGCCUUCGAAAACGUCAGUUUCGUUUUUGAAUAUGGGAAUAAUUUGUGAGUCCUUACAUCAUUUUAUUCUGGAUAAUCUCUUCAGAAGAGCUUUCACGACAUCGAUGACGUCAAAGAGGAGUAGAAGCUUCCUUUUUCGGAAGAAGACUGACAAAGGUCGACGUCGAACUCCGAACUCGACGACGAGCCUGAGGUGUGAGGCGGCUGCUGCCUCCUCCUCCUCCUUCCUCCUCUCCUUGACGCAUCAGCAGAGGCUCUCCGCCUGAGGCGGUGGCUGGGAGGAGGAGGAGGAGAGAGGAGAGAGACGCGAGAGAAACGCGGCGGCUCGCCGACCCGACGUCGCCGCCGCGAGAUCGAUGGUUUGUGGGGCCGACGUGCGGCGGCUCCCUCCGUCCUCCUCGAAUCGUCGUCAGUACCGCCGCUGGCAGUACUACCGACAGUACGUCCUGUCGUCGUUGCUCCUGCUGCUGCUGGCGGCCGCGACGUCGUCGGUUGGCGCCGCAGCCGCCGCAGCCGUCCUCCAGCAGGACCCGACGCCCUUGUCCGAACUGCUGUCCUCCCUGGACCAGGGUCAUCCUUGCGGUCAUGUCGUCGAAGCCGAGGCUUUUCUGGCCACCGCGGUCGCUCUCAAAUUCCCGAGGCUUAUUCAACUGUCGCACUUCUUCGCCAACCAUUCCAAGAACUUCGACGUCAGCCUCAUCGACAAGUCGUCUUUCUCCCGACAGCCGCCUUUCAACCUCGAUCUCUCGAGGAAAACUCAUUUCUACGGCUUGCAGCUGGACUGCACAGCUCCCACCAGCAGGUCGGUGUCUUUCUUUGUUCAUUUCCUACCCUAUUUAUGUUCUUUUUCGAGUCAAUAACUCGGAAAUCUAGCUUCUCAAACUGGUUAUCAUUGUUUUGCAUCUCAGAUUAUGUUCAAUUCUGGAAUUAUUCUGCUGAUAAUAGAUUAAAGAAGGUCUUUAAAGGCAACUUUUCGUUCGUUUCAUUCAUUUUUCAUUCUUUGAUACAACCUUUGUUUUAUUUUAAAUCAUUCGCUUCUGAAAUAACUCAGGAAGUGCCAUCAAGUUUCCUUUUUUCCAAACAGUUUGGACCAAACUACUUUUUUGAACUUUUUGUGAGAAACUUUGUUCAAAACUAUCUUGCGGGAGUAUAGUAAUAUUAACUAAAUGAGCGCAGUAAAUCCCAGAAAGGUCUAGAAGCGUUUUUCAGUACCAUUUUGCAAUUUUCUGCUUGUUUAAACAUUCCAAAAAACAUUUUUUAAUCUGAAAUUCGUAAUUAUUUCUGAGAGAUUUUUCAUUUUAAUUGCUGAAAAUCAUCCUUUUCCGAGUUUUUCGAUUUCUGAAUUAUUCGUUAAAACUAGACCUUUUUAUUUUUUUCACCUGUAAAACUUUUUAAAAUUACUGAAUUUUUUGUAGCUCAAAAAUCUUGAGCACUGCUCAAAUUUUUCAGCUUAUUUUUUCUUGAUUCCAGCUAGUGAAAAAAGAUUUUCGAAGAACUUUCCUUCCUUUUCCUAUCACUUUUUAUGACCCGUUUUCCAAAAAAGGUUAGUUUUCCAGACAAUUCCUCCAGAAAUUAGGUUUAUUUCGGUCUUAAUUGAGUUUUUGAUUGUUUUCUCCUACUAUUUUCUCCAUACCUUUUUUCCUUCUUCGAGGUUUGAUUUUGUAGUUUUUCUCGAUUCCAAUAGUCGUCAUUCAAUUUUCGUAGUUUCUUAAGAAACUUCAGAAGAUCUUCUUAAAGAAUCUGAAAAAAAAUAAUAGUGACGUAAAUUAAAAUGUUUUUGUGUUUACACCGGCUGCCUCAUUAGCACCGAAUAUCUUUACAGUAGCCGAAGAUUUGAAUUUUUCUUUUUUUGUUAUUUUAGGCAGCUUAAUUGAGUUAAAAAAUGUUAUUUUGAUAUUUAUAAUAACCAGAAUUUUUAAAGAUGGCUACCACGGCUGGUUUUUCCGUCGCAAGAUCCGAACGCGACCUAUCGGCAGGCAUAUUUAACGCUCAAUCUCGACCAAUUUGAGGUCGACUUGUGUUCUGCCGUUCCUUGUGAUACAAAGGUACGCUUUUUUUAUUGAGGUGUUUUUUUUUUUAUUUUUGCAUCUCUCUAGUGUUUAUAAACGAGUAGACUGUAUAUUUCACAAUUUUUCACGUGUUUUUGAGCAUUUUAGGGCUUUUUCUAGAUUUUUCCUUUUUCUCCAGUUUAAGACGUUUUUUUCAUAUUUCUAUAUUAUAAUAUUUUUUUCAUAUUUUUCAUAUGGUUAAUGGUUUUACGAGGUUCUCUGAGUAAUAUUGAGUUUUGAUGUGCUUUUUUGUAGUACUUAAGCAAGGGUUGUGAAUCAAAAUUUUCAUGUCUUUGAAGGAAAUAUUCUUGACUAAUUUUUACACUAACACUAAAUUUUAAUUUUGGUAAUUUUAAUUUGGGAUGAUUUUUCAAACAUUAUUUUAACAUUCGUUCAAAAAAUAAGAAUCUCUUUUUGCAAAGGAAAAAUUUCUUUUUUAUUGUGUUUGUUCAUUCAAAAAUAGUGAUCGACUUGGUUUUUGAUCCGUGACUCUUUUUAACUCAUAUAUACAUAUAUAUAUUUAUAGUUUCCAAAUUUUGUUCUCGACCAAUUUUUCUCCAAAUACUGAUAAGAUUCCUGUUAGUAAACUCUUUUCUCAAAAUCUUAAUGACACGAAAAAAAUCUAAUUUGAUUACUCCAGGAAUCAAUUUUCCUUGUUUUUUAUUUUUUUUUUUUGCACUUUGUAAGCUUUGAUCCCAAAUUUUGAAACCAAUUGAAUGGCAAUGCACUCUUACACGAAACGCUUUUUGUUUCCCGAAAUCUCGCACUUAAGCCCCGAAACGUCAGGAAAUCCCCGCCGAUUAUUAUCAUCGAAACGUCACAGACGAUUCAUAAAUCUAGUCGUCUUGAAAGCAUCAACAAGGGUGAAUAAUCCGGAACAUUAAUUAAACAAAUCAUUAUUUUUGUCAGUCUGUGUGGUUUGAGAAGGGGAAAUCUAUUUUUAUUUCAAAAAAACUAUUAUUUUGUGAGAUCCGAUAAUCGAUUCAAUUUGGGCUGACAUUUUAAGAUUUCUCGAUUGUGAACAUUUCGAUGGAAAAAGAUAUUUGAUUCAAAUCAUUGCGAUUAUCCUUACACAAUGAUGAAAUUUUGCAAACCCUAAUUCCAUAUCACUAAUUUUUUUGUUAAAUUAGAUCUUGAAGUUGUUUGCUUUGUUAUAUUUUUUUAAAACAAGUUAUAAUGAAAAAAAGACAAAUAAGUUUUUCCGUUUUUAGUUUAUUGCUUUUUUGGAGUCAUUCCUGUUCAGAAAUCCGUUCUAAGGUGUUUAAAGGAGAACGGAAAAACUUUAGAAAGGUCUCGAGACGAAGAGCCGUUCGUGUGGGUUUUGUCAAGCCUUUCGCGCUUUUUAAAUACCAUAAGAAGGAUUUUCGAACUAACAAAAAUUUUCAACUGAGGCUCAACUCUUUUCUCUUUUUUUUUGACACAAUUUGAUCAUCUUCAGAAAAAGAAAUAACAUUUUGGCCGGUUGGAAUUGAAUUGAAAAGAACUUCAUUUCUCAUUUCUAACCGGCCGACUUACUUGUACAAAAUUCUCGUUUUUGAGAUAUAAAAUCUCAAAGUUUGUUAUGAUAGAUAAUUUGAGCCCUUCUUUCUAGAAAAUUAAAGAGUUGCGCAGGUUGAGAUUUUCAUUUUAUUGUUUUUUUUUUUUCGAGUUUCCUUCUGGUAAACCAAGAUGUUUCUGGACGUUUCAGGAAACCGCAAGGUUAAAUUACCUAUCAACCAAUCAAUUAAUCAUUUAUUUGGUCUUUUUUUAUGUAAUAGGCUAGGCGAAGAACAAGAACUUUUAAAGCCAUACCGAGCAACCGCCUUCGUCGAACUGGAAUGUAGUUGAUCAAGUAGAAAGUAUGAUCUGACGGUCCUCCUUCUUGCCUUCUGCCCGUAGUUGACCUAUUUGCGCCAUGUGGAGCUCAGAAUUGAGUAGUUGAAGCUGGAGUACGAAGACUGUGCUCUAGAAGGAAACCUUGAAGAGAGCGACCAAGUCGAGGGAAAAGUCUACACGAAAUUAUUGUUAGUAACUUCCUAAUUUUCCUUUUUGCUAACUUUAUAUAGCCGCGCGGCUAUUUUUUCGGCGCUCCGCAGACAUGCACGCACGCAACAUCCGGCCACCCCAUUUACAUCUUUCGCACCAACAAAUUCCUUCUUCUUCCACCGACAACUUAUUCUCCUUUCCCUCCGAUUGUUUUGUCGUUUCGAGGGGCCAAAUCGCGUGUCCUUUUUUGGUCUUUCACAACCUGAUUUGAGCCCUUUUCUAGGACUUUUCGAACUUUCAUAAGAGGGAAAUAGGUUGCUCUUCGGUAUAGUUCGAUGUAAAUUUUUUUACUGAGUUUUGAAAUUUCUCUAUCCCCUUGAAUAAAACUUAAUAGCUCUUCGUCGUGAGAUCCUUUAUUAAUUUUGCCCAUAAUCCUUGAAACAAUUUUUGCAAGAGUUUUUCAUAAUCUUUAGCAAAAUUAUAACCGAAAUUUUUCUUUUAGAACUUGUUUUCAGCUCUUUCUGAUCGUUUUUGCAAGUUGUAUAGAAUUUUUCAAUAUUUCUGGCCUUUCACAGCUGUUUAGAGCCGGUUUUUUAGCCUAUCGCAAUAGGAAAGUAAAUUGCCCGUUUGUACAGUUUAUUUGAACGUUAUUUUUAACUCAUUUUCCGCCUUUUUUUUUCGCUAAAAUGUUUCAAAAAAGUUCAGAUAACGUGACAGUUCUCCUGGCCGAAAAAAAAGUACGAAUUAUCAUAUUUUUUUAGGCUGUUCAGGUUUGAUUACUUUUUUCGUUCUUUCCGGCUUUUUUCUGCGAGAAAGUUUUAAAAAAAAUAUUUUUUUCAAAUUACACAGAAAAAAAAGAAACUAUAGCAAUUUUAAUGUUGAGUCUUAAUUAUUGAUUUCGAAAAAAAGUUUGAGUAAGUCAAGAUCACUUGAAAAAGUUUCUUGUAAAUUUUUCACCGAAAAAAACACAAAAAUAGUACGAAUUCUCAUCUUUUUUUGGCUAUAUUAUCGAUUUGGUUUGCCUCCUUUUUCAGCCUUCUUUUUUUCGCAAAAAAAUGUUUCCCACUAAAGUCAUAUUAUUUUUGGCCCGAGGCGUCGUCUGCAUUGGGCCGUCUCGAGACGCUCUUUUUCUUUUUCGCCGUUGCUCAUUCUCAUUGUUUUGAGAAAAUAUUGUGCGAUCGGCCAUGCAAUCGCCUCCUCCGCACAGGAAAAAAGACGAGGAAAUGAAAAGAAAAAAAUUGGGACUAAUUUUUUUUUUCUUCUCUUCUCAGAAGAGCGAAAUUGUUGUUAAUAAGAAGAAAAAUUGUUCUCGAUAGGGGUUACGAUAGAAUUGAGACUUUUUGCGCGAGGGAAACUGAAGAAUUCUUGUUUUUGCGGUGAGGGUUCAGGAAUUAUUGUACCUACUUCUGAAAAAAAAAAACUUGAAAGGGGAGUGAGGCGAAAAGGAUUAUUUUUCUUUUUAGAUGUAGUUCUGUAAAAGAUUGAAAAAAAGAAUAAUUUAAUUCUGGCUAUCAAACUAAAAUCCCAUUCUUCCGAUGGUAGCAAAAAAAUUAACGAAUUUUUUUGAACUAAAUGGUCUUCAAAACGAUUAGCGUUUUUACAAAUUGUCAAAUUUUUUUGAGGUUAAAAAAAUUUUUAAAAAAAUAAUUGAUUUUUUUCCAUUCAGAUGGGAAGAAAGUUUUGUAACUUUCGGUAUAAUCUGUAAAUAUAGGGUUUUUUUCUAUUAGAAAAAAAUCUUUUUUUGAUAGCACAAAAAAAUAUAAAAAAAUUCAAUAUGUUUAAAUUUCAAGACGACAUCUUAGAAAGUUGAAUUGCAAAACUUGAUCUUUUCUUGAUUAAUUAGAAAAAAAUCGGAACUCCCGGAGUUAUGUCUGUUUCUUUGAACUGAGGACGUCAAACUGGAAAAGGUGCGAAAAAUAGACAUUUCGAGUUGGGUUGAUUGAAUUGGAAAUUGGCGAUUAUCCACACUUGGACACACAAUGACGAAGUAGUUGUACAAUUUGAAGUUGAUAAAAAAGUUCUGGAUGUUAUGAAUUGUUAAUAUGUUUAAUUAGGAAAAAGGAUAAUUGUCGUUCAAAAGAACAAUUUCAACUUUUGUUCGAAAGUUUUAAACGACAGAGAAAUAAUGAUAAUGUGAAACCUGUUUUUUUAGAAAAACAUUUUUUCUUAUCGAAACCAUGGGCUUGUUUCUUCACUUUCUGAUUUCACUCCUUUUCUUGAUUCAUUAUUUUUUUCAAUUAUUUUUUUCACAGCGCACAAAGUUUUUUUAAAAGUUCUAAUAUAGAAAAGCUUAAAACCCUUAUGACUUUGAUCAAGAAUGGUAAACUCUAAUUGAAAUACGACCAACGCUUUUUUUUUUCGAAGAGAUGAACUUAAGCUUGGAUUUCGAGUUAAAUCUAGACUUUUCGCCACAUUUUGGCUUGAAAAAAGGGACAAUCAACAAUGAUUAACUUUUUUUUUUUCGAACUGACCAGGAAGAUCAUUUCACUUUGCGGUCGGGAAGUCCCUGAAAUUUGGCCUUUGUUUGUACCAAAAGAAGAUUCUGAAAGUCUCAACCAGUACAACUGCUUAGUUUUUGGGAAUUGAGAACUCCAAGUCCCAAAAUGGCCUUUUAAACAGAUUUUGAGGGUUUUCGUGGACGUUGAGGUGUCCUUUCUCAGAAACUUGGAAGUUUUGCAGCGUGAGACUUCCGGGAUCAUUUUUUUGGUACAUCGAGGAAAGCCAAUUUUUGGGAAAUUUUUCAACCGCAAAGUUAAAUGACUUUUUUGUGAGUUUCAAGAUGCAACUUAAGCUCAUCUCAUUCCAAAUUUAAGUUUACCCGAAUCUAACACUAAGGAGCAUCAAAAAAUCCUGUAAUUUAUCUUUUUUUUUUUGGAGAAGUAGUCAAGCUUAUUUGAAUUCAAGCUAGACUUUUUGCUAUGUUUUGGUUGGAGAGGCGCCGAAAAAGGGGGCCAAUCAGCCUGGCCGCACUAAUAAUGGCUCGGAAUAUAUUCGGCUCAUUCUCAGAGCGAAUCUAUUUCGUUUUCUUUCUUCUUCUUCUUUUUUUUCGCGCUUUUCUCUUCUUCAUCUCUUGAGAUUAACGAUCCGCAUCCUUUUACGAGGUGUCCCUGCUCUCUGCUCUUUUUUCGCCCCUUUUCUCUAUUUCUCGCGGCUCUUUGAGCCCUCGGCCUCCGGAAAUUAUAUACGUGGCUCGGAGCGGCGUUAGCGCAUACAUACAUAUUAGGCGGCGCCAUUUGACGCCGCGCCUGGAUUUUCUCCUUUUUUGUUUUCGGAAAAGCUCUUUUUGAAGUGCUUGAGGGGCUAUGAGAAGGACAAGGAUUUGGGUACUGAACAAGAAUGGACAUUUUCAGAGGAAUUCAUCGGAAAACCUUUGCAAAAUGCUAAAAUCAAGACUUGCACUAUGUAUCUCUGUACAGAUGAAGCUUUAAAAAAAGUUUUGAGGCUGUUUUCCGAUCCUUUUAAAUCCUACUGUAGACUUUAAAGACUCCCUUAUUUUUGGAAAAGGACUUUUUGAAGUACUUGAGGGGCUAUGAGAACGACAAGGAUUUGGAUAAACAAAAGAAGCUUCCACAAAAACUGAUAUCCAUUUUUUCAUCAUGAAAAGGAUUCGAAAAAGCCUCCAAUAAAAAAAAAACUCAUUUCCUUUUUCGUUGCCUCAAUGAAUAUGUCUUGAUCCGUGCACAUUCGAAAUUCAAAUUAGAGAAGGAUAAUCCGUUUUGAAUUGGCCGGAUAAUGCUUGAUCCAAAUUAGGCAAUUUUGUCUGGAGGAUAAUCCAGCUUUUAAUUGUCUCGGGUCGAUUUUGAAUCCUUUAUUAUUGGAAGAAAAAAGUAGUUGGAGAGUUUUAUUGGAUUAUUUUUUGAGUUGCAGGAAUUUCUAGGGCAAAACUUAACGUAAAAUGAAGAUUCCAACUUCAAAAUUGAUACAUUUCCUAAUAAAUGUUUGCAGUGCUCAUGGACGGUUCAUGGCGGGCUUCGGGUACUCGCCAAGGCGUGCUGCGCCGAGAUCAACAGCACCCUGCUCUGCAGGACCGACGCCGAAAGAGGUUCGUUCGAAUGGGAACUCGUUUUCAAAUCACCUAUCGUUUUCGAGAAAGAUAAAGCUGUGUUUGAAGAAAUUUCCGCGAAAUGCAAAAUUAUCUCUGACUCCAAAGUUUAGUUACCUUUUUCUCUCUCUCUCUAACGACUGUUUUGCAUUUCGCGAAAUCACUUUGAACACGGGACUAAAAUCUUUGAAAUCGCAACGUCUUUGAAAUAUUCUUAUCAUCUUCAUUUGUUUCAUAAAAUAUCGUGCAAGGGCUUUUACUGGACGAAUCAUUGCCAAACUUUGAAAGUAAAAAAUUUUACGAAAAUCGGCAAGCAAAUGGGAGUUUUUUUCAAAGUACAUUGAAAACUAUCAUUUUUAUUUAGUACAUUAUUAAAAGUGCUAUCUGAUUUCAAAAAUUUGAAUUACAAUGAAAUUCUGAAGUCAAUCACCCUGUAGCAUAAAAUCAUUAACUCUUUUUUCUUCUUUUUUCUUUUAUGACUUUUUUCUAGCUCUAAGCUAAAUCUUUUAUUUUUUCUCACAUAAUUCUUUCUAUAAUUUCGAUAUCAGUCCUUUUAUAUCCCUUCCAAAUCUCUCAAUUGUCCUCUCGUUGAUAAUCUUCCUUAGAGUAGUUAUGAAUACCCUCAAGCCCCAUAAUCCUCACAUCAAACGUGGAAAGCACUUUGGAGGAAGUUGAUUUGGCUGAGAUCAACGAGAAUGGUCCGAAUAAACAUGAUAGGCUUCUGAGCAACACGUGCGAGGGUUCAAGUUAUAAAAGAGUAUAAAGCGAAUUUAUAAAAUCUGAAUUUUGCGUCCACAUUCGAAUCUUCAAAGCUAGAGAGUACUGGUUGAUACGAGGGCGCUUAGAGAUUAAAAAAAAACAUACCCUCUCUUUUUGGAACGUUUUCUAACUUUCGAAUAUUCGAACGUUAAUUCCCAAAGUAAGCUCGUUGAAUAGUUUCCCUAUCUGAUUUUAAAGGCCGCCGCCUCCCGAAUUUUCCUAAACCAAUGUCAGAACGACAUCCUUACAGAGGAGUCAUUUUACGUUGUGGUUUGGAUUUUCUCGUAAAUUGGCCAGAACACUCUCUGAUUUACCAGUAACUGAUCCUGAAACCCUCAACCUGCACAACUUUCCAUUUUUUUAGGGAGGAGGGCUCAGAUCCCCAAAAUAGUCUGUUUUGACGGAUUUUGAGAGUUUUUCCGCAAAGUAAAAUUACCAUUCUUGUAUUAUUUUCGUCAAAACUACCUUUCUAGGUUUAAAAGUAAUUUUCAUAUAUUUUGUUAACAUUUUUGCGAAUCCUGGACUAAUUUUAACUCUUUACCCGACUUACAAUCAAUUUUUGCAGGCCGACACAUGCUGCUGGCGUUCAAUUCGUUGUGCGCCUUCAUAUGUCUGGUGCUGAUCCCGGUGGUCUGCUACCAGCGGAAAAGACAGCACGAGGUCCGAGGCUGGGCUCUCAUGGAGCUCUUCCUCAUCGGCGCCUCCAUUCUUUAUUCAAUUGUCAGUUUUCUAUUUCAUUUCAACUUCUUACUGUCCUUUUAAACAAAAAGAAACUUAGAGUAGAAAAAAAGCUAAAAAUUUGAAACUAACUAUUCAAAAAACCUUCCAAGAUCAUCUUGUUUCCCAUUUUCACGUCACAUACGAUAAAUGUUCAAGAAUUAAAAGUCAAUAUUAAAUCGACUUAAAACUUCAAAUUUAGGUUGGCUUCUUCUAUUUAUUUUGCUAAUUGUUUGAGAGAACUUCAAAGAAAUUUUUUUCAGCAUUUUUAAACAUUUUCUAGUAAGACUUUUCAUCUGUUUCAUUUUUUUUUGUUUAAUUAACUAAUUUAGGAGCUUGUUCUGAGCUGAUUUCGAAAACAUUUUUCAUAAAAUCUAGAUUUUUCAGUAUGAGCGAUUUUUCUCGCCGUAAACAAAGAAGUCCAUAAAAACUGCGAAAUUGCGCUCCAUGGACAAUUUGUUUUUUCACUACCAAAAUUAUUUUUUGACUGAAAUUUUUCAAAUUCUGCAACAGGUUUUAGGGUCUUUGGCAUUUUUCGAACAUUUUGGUGCAAAAGAUUAUUUCAGUUAUUUCUGGACUGGGUAGCUCCGCCAGAAGCCGGGUGCUGCGUGGCCGUUUGGCUUCGCCAAAUUGGUUUCUCAAUAUUUUACGGGUCAAUCGUCUUAAAAAAAUUUAUAGGUGAGUUUUUCAGGUAUAUCUAACUUUUUAAUGAGCAUAUUUUUUUGAACAUGUUUCCGUUCCUAUGAAACUUUUUAAACAGGAUGUUCAUGUUUCAGAAGCUUAUAAUCAGAUUCCAUACAAAAAAAAAUUGAAGAACAGUGACAAGAUUUUAAGCAUUUGUAGCCUUUUAACUCGAAAUCCAAGUCUAUUGCGAGAAUUUAAAUGAAUUAGGAGCCCCUAAAGUAUAUAAUAAAAUGUUUAUCAAAAGCUUAACCGGGGGGCAAACAUUCCCUAGUGAAAGAAAUUCCCCAGAUAAAGACAUUCCAUGUUCAGGAAUCUGCAAGAAUAUCGUGUCAGAAAAGCGCAACACGUGUCCGUCCGAGAACAGGAUAUGCUCAAAUAUUUGGCAGCGAUGCUCGCCUUAACAGUCACAGGUUCUUUUUUUGGUUUUUUUAAUUUAUUUCCAAAUUGUCCUAAUUAGAAAAACUCAAUAAUUAUCUCUAGUUACUCUUCGGUCGGUAGAACACAAAUUAAAUUUGAAGUUUAGUUAAUGGAGUCAUUUUUUUCUAGAAUGAUUAAAUUAUCAAUUUGAAGAACCUUGCUUGGUUCAUAAAUUUUUCUGCAACAAGAAAAAAAUUCUAACGAUUUUAUUUUUCAAUUUUUCUUCACAGUAUUUUUUUAAAAACUCAUUUAUUUUUCAAAUUCGUUUCCGAAAACUGUCAUAACAUGAAUUAUUCUCCGUAAAAGUUACUAUAACGACGUCUGAACCUCGUAUUCAUUAACACAAGACUUUUCAGCAGUUCAGACGCAAUUUUUUUCCAUGGAAUUUCUGUUUUUCAGGCCUAAUGGCUUGGACAGUCGGGUCAUGGGGCGACGGAGCGCUUUGGCGGACGGCGUGGCCGCAAUGUCACAUGCAAGGCUGGCACUUCAUCUGGCACGGCUACGAAAUGCUCUUCCUGCUCUACGCCAUCCGCCUCUGCUACAAGGUUCGCCUUAUUGAACUACAGCUCCAGAAUCACCUAUUUACAGGCGAGAAACAGCGACUGGCUGGAGAGGUGGCAGUUCACCGUGGCCGUCUGUCUGGAGGCGGUAAUCACGCUGAUGGCCAACCUCAUCCGCUACUCGAUCCGUAAUUCGGGUCGCUCCGACACACUUUUCAUCGUGUCUUUUGUACAUCUGCAGCUCACCGUCUCCGUCAAUAUCGUUAUCAUUGUGGCGCCAAAGUUCUAUCUGGUCAGUUAAUUUUUUUUUUUUGCAAAAAAGAUAAGCACGACGCUUGGUAAUACCAAGUUGGUAUCAAAAAUGCAUACUAUUUAUCCGUUGAAUAAAAAAAUAAAUUAGCGAAGCUAAUAACUUUUUUUCAACAUUCUCAUGUUAGGUAAAAAAACUUUUGAGAAAAUAAAAGUAAAUUCAUCCAGGCUAAAGCUUCGUAAUUCAUCAAUUAUAAUUAGCUUUAAAUUUCUUCUUUUUAAUAAUAAAUUGAAAUAUCGAUUUCAUCAGAUGUUUAUGUGAUUUCUAACUACGUUUAGUUCUUUUUUAGUCCUUCUCACUAAAUUUCCCAUACAAUGCGUCUCAGACAAAGAAAGUUGCGUUGCGAUAAUAGAUCACAGUUAGAAAGAUGUCUUGAGGGCUGGCAAUCUCGAGUAAAAUAAUCGGCUGGUCGGAAAACCUGACAGUAAUACGAUAAUUUCAGAGUAACGGAGAGCCAAACCGAAGGUCGAUGACUCUAGGCGGCCAUUCUGGCCGAGCCCAUCCAUCACUUGCCAAACUCCGGGAUAACAUUCUCAAUGGGACCAUCGAUUUUGCAGAAGUGCCCAUCAUCGACAUGAAUCCGGAGGACAUCCGAGUGAGUCCCAUCGGGCUUUUCAUCCUUUCCUUUUUCAACUUUCUCUUGUCUAAAUUUCAACUUUCUUGGGAGACUAGGGAGGGACUAAUUAAGUUAUGAAAUGAACUCAAAUAUUUUGAAUGAGAUAACCCUUAUAAACAAUAAUCGCAGAUCUUGAUUAUAGGAAAAAAAAAUUUUUAGAAUGAAGUUGAACUAAUCAUUUUCAAUUUCUCUUUCAGGCGGAGCUGAAACGAGUAUAUACGCAACUUCGGAUGUACAAACUAAAAAACUUAUAUCAAGAUAACCCUCACAUAUCCAAAAAGCGAGGAGGGAAAAAGUGGAGCGAUAAAAAUACAAGAACAAGGCGGAUAUCAAUACCAACUUGCUCGCCUCAAGCAAAAAGAAUAGAGGAAGACGAAAAGAGCGACCUAACCGUUGAAUCUGCACCACACAAUGUGUAUCUCAGUACAUACAAGCUUCAAAUCGAGCCGAACCAUUCUGUCCGGGUUUAA